GGACGAGGCGAGAGGCGUCGCUCGGGAACUCGCAGCGCGUCCCCGAGUCGCGCUCAGCCCACUUUCCGCCCAGCCGCUGGCCUGCUGCGUGAGCGCGCACGCCGGGGUCCGCGUUCUUGUUGUUCUUGCCGUUGUUGUUGUUGUUGUUCUGCGCUCGGCGCGCGCACGGCUCGGGAGGAGCGCGCAUCAUCGCGCGCGGACGGCGACCUGCGACAGAAAUAGACGGAGAUCACGGCUUCCGGGACAAUGGACCUGAGUUUGAGUAACGCCCUGAAGGACGCCCCGCCCCCCCAGCCUGAAAGCCUGGUGCAAAGGGACUUCAUCGCAACGCUGGAAGCUCAGGCCUUCGAAGACAAAGUGGGGGAGACCGUGGGCAAGAGCGAGUACCGCCCCCUGUUGGACGUGGACGGAAGUAGAGCGGAUCCUGUGGUGAUGCCAGGUGGACAGACAGCAGGGCAGUACCAGCAGCCACAGGGCGACAUGUGGACCCAUCCCAUGGAACAGCAGAUCUGGACCGGGGACUUGCUGUCAGGGAUCCCACCUCCCGACGCCGAUCCGUGGGGGUCCCUGCCGUCAGCCCCCCACACGGACACUUUCACAGGAUUGUCUCAGACUGGGAUGCCGAUGAAUAUGGAUGUGGGCGUAGCCCCCCUUCCGACAGCAAAGCCCCCCAGCAUGCCCGAACCUCAGAAGGCGAACCCGCCGCUCGCCCCCGAACCCCCAGAUCAGCCCCAGAUGCCGAACCAGGCCAGAGAGCAGAACGCGCAGGACAGCACGGCGGCGCACCUGGGGGGCCCCUGGGUGGAGGAGGGUGGUCCACCGGCCGACGUGCCCUUUGGUCCCGGCUCCUCCGCUGUGUUCGGCCUCCCGAGCCCCCGGCGGCAGAUGACCUCGCCCAAGGAGGACUGCGAGGGGGAUGUGUCUGACAGGAAGCAGCAGAGGAAGAAGAAGAAGAAGAGGCCCAAAGAGGAGCCAUAUGACUUCAUAGAGGACCGGGGUCCCCUGGAGGCACUCGGUGCUGGGGAUGAGCACAUCUUUCCAAGUGACAUUCCGAAUCCGUACAGAGACGUGGGAUGGCAUGGCGAGGAGGGUGGCCGAGGGGUGGCCAGGGGCAAGAAGAGCAAAAUCAGGAAAAAGAUCCCAGAGGAAUGGAGUACCUUACAGGAGUCCCCCGUGCCAUCUGCAACCGCUGAACCUCAGGAGCGUCCCGAAGACUUGCUCACUGGCCUGGGCCCGCAGCCUAUGGAGAACAGCAGCCCUGGCACAGUGGGCCCAGUACUCAGUACCACGUUGAGCCCAGAGGAAGGACUCAAAGCCUUGUCCCAUGUUGACAUGUCCGUUUCUGAACAGUUCCUCAUAGACGAUGAUGCCAUUAGCAAGGAAUUUUCCUUCCUGCCCUCAGAUCCUGUGACCCCUGACAUCCCUCCCUCACCAAUGAAAGACUUUCCCUGUCUCAUCCCUGCAAGUUCUCAGCCUGGGAAUGAACCCAUACGGAACACCUCAAACGCCAGCUCACCGAAAGGGUCUCUGAUGAGCAACAGCGCUGUCCCCUCCUGCCCACCGCCUCCUAAAGAGCCCUCAGUAUCCGCUGCAAUGGCCCCAGCUCCCACGGAGGAAAAAAACCUUCCUCUGUACACAUGCGUGACACCUAAUGAUGAUGCCACCCAUACGAGCACCAAAGAUGCUUCUUCCUCCCCCGCUGAGGUUGCUCUGUCUCCCGAAGCUGAGCCCUACGUGUUGCCAUGUGCCCCAGCGCCCCUUUCCUCUAGUGUCACGGCUCGUUGUUGGUCUAACCGAAGCGAAGAACAUCACGUGAGCACCUCGCCACCCCAACUCACCACUUCUGUGAGGAGCCCCACCUGUCGAAUGCCUCCAGCGGCCAGCCCCCUUGUCUCCUCUACCAGUCCCAUCCCCCCAGGUAGCUCAGGCCUGAACCCUGCGGCGCCGCCAUUUUUCCCCAGCUUCAUGGAGUACCAGACACCCCAGCUGCAAGGCUGGAGUGAGGAGCAGGUGCAGGCGGGGCCGUCCACACUGGAAGUAGUGCAACCUGAGAAGGCUGACACGUUUGAGAAGACAGACAACUCCCAGAUGGUGGAGAAGAUCGAUGCUUUGGAAAAGAUGGACAAGCCAGAGAAGACAGACAAGCCAGAGAAAGUGGAUAAAUCAGAAAAGAUUGAUAAGGAUGAAAAUAGCAACAAGGUAGAAAAGGUGGAAAAAUCAGAUCAAAUAGAAAAGCUGGACAAGGAGAAGGAGAAGAUGGCAGAGAAAGUAGAAAAAGACAAGGAAAAGGUGGACAUGGCAGAAAAAGUGGAGAAAGAAAAGGAGAAGAUUGACAAGGCCGAAAAGAUGGACAAAGAGAAGACUGACAAGACGGAAAAGGUGGACAAAGGCAAGGAGAAGAUGGACAAGAAGGAGAAGCCAAAUAAAGCUGAGAAAGCAAGGAAGGCGGAUAGUAGUGAAAAGCCGGACAAAACGGCAAAAGUGGAGAAAGCAGAGAAAGCCGUGAAGGAGCCUGGGAAAACGGCCCUCGCCAACGGGACCGGUGCGGCUCCUGGCAAGGGCCUGUCUGCUGCAGACAAGAAGGCCAAGCCAACUACUGGGUUGACCAAAGCGACCUCCGCCAAAACGCGGCCGAACUCGCUGUCCACAGGGGACGCCACCCCAAAAGGCCCACCCCCUGCCUCCAACUCCUCCUCUGCUACCCUUAACAAAAAAAGCCCCGUUUCCAAGGCAACUACCCCUACCACUGGCACCAAGCGGCCAGGGCCCACUGCCAACCGCUCUCUCUCUGCCACAGAACCCCGUGAGGUCAAGGCCAAGACAACCGACGGUCGCACCACAGAGAGGCUCCCCCCCGUGCCUAAAGCCAACGCAACCCCGCCAGCUCGAGCCUCUGUCACAAAGAAUGGCUCCCCCACCACGGCUGCCGCUAAACCAGCAGGGGCCCCCCGCGCCACCCCGGUGCCCCGUACCUCCACCAGCGCUCCUUCGCUGCGACGCACAACACCGGCCAAGAGUGAGAGCAAAGCAGGCGAGGCGAAGAAGCCCAGCACACUGAAGACGACCACUGACUCCAGUCGCCCACGGACCACUCCGACCCGGACGUCCUCCACCGCCCCCGGCACCCCUGGGGCCGCCCCCGGUAGCACCAAGCCCGCCGUAUCCAACGCGGCCGUGCCAGAGCGGAAACCCCCGGUGCCCCGCGCUCCUCGGGCAGCACCCCGGCCCGGCACGGCCCCUCCGCCUGAUAUCAAGAACGUCCGCUCCAAGAUCGGCUCCACGGACAACAUGAAGCAUCAGCCUGGAGGGGGCAAGGUGUCCACAUCACAGGGCAGAACUGACACCCUGGCAAAAGGCUCCCUCUGCAAAGAGACCAGCCAGGGCAAAGUCCAAAUAGUGAGCAAAAAGCUGGACUUCAGCCAUGUCACGUCUCGCUGUGGUUCCAAGGACAAUAUCAAACAUGUGCCAGGAGGAGGGCAUAUCCAGAUACGCAACAAGAAGGUCGACUUGAGUAAGGUGACGUCAAAGUGUGGCUCCAAGGCCAAUAUCAAGCACAAGCCAGGAGGAGGAGAUGUGAAGAUCGAAUCACACAAGAUCAAAAUCAAGGCUCAGUCCAAAGUCGGUUCUAUGGACAACAUGAACCACAAUCCAGGGGGGGGCAAUGUCAAGAUUGAGUCUCACAAGCUGUACUUUCGCGAGAACGCCCGGGCUCGCACGGACCAUGGCGCUGACAUCAUCACCCGACCCGCCCUGGGCGGCAACCCUUCCCACCUGCAGUGCAGCACCUCUCUCAGUGACUCUCUAGGGUCCUCCGGCUUCCUCCGCUCCCCCCCGGCCCCCUCCCUCGUUUCACCAACGGGCCAGGCGGGCGACGGCAUGCUGGCAGGGCAAGGAACAUGAUCUGAGGCAUCCCGGCUCCCUUUCACCCUUCGCCCUGUCACACUUCCUCAUGUUGUAUGCGUUCGCCUUCCAGUGAUUCUCCCGCCGUCCCCUGAUCUCCUGAGUCGCCAUUGUACACACAGCAGACGAGACCAGGCCAGGCCAGGGCAGGGCAGGGCAAAACAGGGCAGGGCUUCAGUUGAGAGCUCUUACUUUCUCAUUUCUGAACCCUGCUGCCUGCAGGAGACCUCAAGUGUUUAGUGUCAUCACAAUGCGCCUCCUGAGAUCAGGCUGGAGACCGAAACCCCUGACAUCCAUCCGGGGCUCAGACAUCCAUUUUCCAGCCUGCUCCCCGUUUCCCGACGACAGCGCCUUCAUCUCCAUAGUGUACCUUUCACCCACCAAGAGCACGGUUCCUUUCGCCCCAUCCGCUGUUCGAUGUGUCCCACUGCACUCCUGGUAAGAGGGCAACUUCAGAGGUUUCUCUCCAGCGUACACGUGCUGGUUCAGAUCCAAGAGGAUGGACUGCAGGGCUUUUAUUGAUCGCAGUGAGUAAUGAUCAGGAAAUGGGCACGUGGGACUGCUGUGUGAUCCCAAUGACUGUAGACCACCAACUUACCUUCUUCCCCAAGUGAAGACCCUACAUUUCGCUCGUUUCCACCCUCCACCAACAAAAGUGCAUACACCGUAACUAGAAACACGUAGACUGUUUGAACAGUAGGCUACUUAAAUCUCUUUAAAACUCUGUGUUUUGUGACCAUGUGUUUACGUAAUUACCGUAACAAGGCGUGUUGUUUUUCUUUCACUUUCUGUUUCGUCAUUCUCAUCGUUCUUACUGUGGAUUUCCUCUCUAAGCAAUACUGUUGUCUUCGCCAGUAGGAUACGAACAUUCUCACACACUCGUGCAUUUGUAACCUGUGUAGGCAGAGUCACGUUCGGGGUUCCAGGUGGCUUGUCGGACAGGCAGAAGAAGUUGCACGAAUGAUGGGCGGAAAGAGUAACAGCAAAGGUACAGAUGGGCUUGGUUCUGUGGACAAAGUGAAGAACAGUCUGUGUAGCUGCCAGAAAUUCUGGAUAUUGCCUUUUAUGCAUUCUCUUUGUCUAAUAAAAAGUGUGCGCACACACACACACACACACACACACACAGAAACCAUUUUCCCUGAGGAAGCAGAAGGUCGGAGGUCUGGUGUAAGAUUAAUUUUUCAUUAUAAGGAAACGCUCACUGUGAAUCGCCACCCAAGGGAAGCGCUGAGGGGACUGACUCCUGUACGCAGGGAGUUUUUCUUCACCCAGAAGCAGGGUGAGCUCGAGGGCACCACGGGAACUCGUUCGCAGAAACACACAAGAGCCAGAGAGGAUCGCGUAUUGUGGCGCACUUGUGACUCUGUACUUUAAAGCGAAAUCCAAUGUGGAAGACACUGUUUGUCCUGUAGCUCGACAUUCAUCUCGCCGUUAAAAUCAAGUGUGACAUCUGAGAUGGCCUUGUGGCCUUUAGCCCUGUGGCCUUGUGGGGUGUGACGUGUACCUUCAUGCAGUUCACUUAGAAUCUCAGAUGGUUGAAAACAAGGGAAUAGCAUCAUGGAAACUGAAGUUGCCACUUUCCUCCUUGGAUUUACACAACUUUAAAACUGUCACAAUGCCAGGCUUUCAAUGAACCGGUUAUAUAGCGGACAGAUUCUCUUUCUAGAAAGGAGCAUUUUGAGGAUACAGGCCAGAGAGGCAGCAGGGCGAGACUGCACUGUCUUGUCCGUUCUGUGGACGUUUGGUAAAGGACGCGAUUACAGUGCGACAAGCAGCACUAACCAGCACAAUGAUGAUACUCGAUAUUGUAUUUCGGAGCCUUCACAAGUGAAAUGCGCUGCGUAGAGACACAUUAAAAUCACAACUCUAUUAAUAUGCAGGGGACUAGCAUUUAAGUGUAAUUUUUUCGAUGCCGAUUGCUGCAUACAGUAUAUAGAGGCACGUGGACACAAUGGAAUGUGUUUGUGACGGAGGACAGCGCAGCAGCAAUGUCUCUCACUGCAUCGACUGGGGCUGCUGUGACUGCUGCUCGAUAAGGAUGGAGCCACAGCUCUUCCCAAACCAGCAGCAUGAGCACAGCAGGCAACUUGGGAUCUUUUUUCACUUAGAACAGCACACUUACUCAGCGAUCGUGCUGCAGGCUUUCGGUGAUGACGAAGUAGGGAGAAGAUGAUUUGACUGUGUGAAACAGCACAAUAUGUGUUCUAACCCUUUCACAAAUAAAGUAAAUGAGUUUGGACUUCACUUAUCGCAGUACUUGCUGGUUUACUAAUGAGAGGAGUCCCAUUAAUGCCCAGCAAUCAAAGUGGUAACUUAGGGUUAACUGGAUAAUUGGAAUAACAGAAUGAAAUGAAAUUAAAUUAAAUGUAGGUGAAAGUGCUGCAAUCAUUCGGCGUGAAACCGUUUGGAUUACGUACUGGUGUGUUACACGCUCUGUUCACAUGCUACUCCUGAGUGAUCUACCGUCCGCCGUAGCGCGGUGUGAGGCGCCGUUCGUCCACCGCUCUUAGACGAUAGCUGGUGUGUGUGCUCUCCUCUCUCGUCUAACAAGUGGCUCUUGUGUGGAAAUCAGUGUCGUGCUUCUGGUGCCAUGGUCCUUCUGAGACAGUGCCUAUCCAGGGCCUCCUUCAUGCGAACUCAUGUUGCCCGGUGUACUGGUGUACUGGUGUACUUCGGCCUCAACACCCUGUUCAGUACUCUUGUAGCUCUUGAUGUACAUGCAUCGUACCGUUGAUACAUUCUACAGUAUAUUGCCACUGGAAGUGAAAAGUGUUAUUUCUAGGGUUCUAUGGAUGUUAAAUGACACCUAUAGGAUGUUGUAUCUUUCAACUCUUUUUUUUUUCUUUCCUGAAAGUCUGCCUUUUUUUAAAAAAGGGCUGAAGUUAAAGAAUGUUUUUAAAACAUAACAUGUUUAAGAAGCAAGAUACAGUAUAUAUGUGUAUUUUUUUUCUGUUCCCCCAAACUCUGUGAUGAAGGGGUGUGAGUGAGGUGCUUUGGAGGGAUUAUGGUGUCGUCUUUUAUUAAUUAAUGGUUGCAUUUUCACAAAGUUUCCUUGUUGUAACCUUGGAAAACAUUUAGCAGUUCAUUACAGUCAUAAAAAUGAUGAAGCUUAGAUUUAAAGGGAUAAGGGUUCCUGCUUACAAAAGCACCAGCAGGAGUGAACUGAUUGUCUAAUCCUUCAUUCUAGGAGCAGACAGUCCAGUGGUAGAAAGGAAGUGUGUUAACCUUCUGCUCGCCCUACAUUAUAACUAAAUCACAUUUAUUGAAACAUUUACUGCACCUACUCCAAGAUAUGAAAUGUGCCAGUAAGGAGUAGGGUGCCCUUCUUCUGUUUUACCCCGAUAACCCUCCAGGGCACCACAGCCACACACACACACAGCUUGAGAGAGUCAAGGAGAUGAGGGUGGUGACCGAGCACACUUUCGUAUGAGACUGAGAGCAGCUUUCAGGCUCUCAGUCACUCGCUCUAACUCCAAUCCCCAAGUUCUGCCUGUGCUAUUGGAGCAUGCCAAGCGUGUCCACACACUAACGGAACAUACCGGAACAGCAUGUGGAAGACAAUGAAUUCUAUUAAGCAGACAUUUGUCAUUUACACGUUUGGUUUUAUUUUUAUUAUGUUACUUUAUUUUAUUAUUGUCAGUUUUUUCGCUAUCGUUUUAAAUAUCUUCUGGUUUGAAAAGGGGUGUUUAUUGUGAUUAAUUGUUAACUAGUGAUGUGAUUAUAAUCAUAAAA